CCAGUUGUCAACAUGCACAUUGUAACAGGGCCGGAAGGUAAUUACUAACUGUCAUAAGAAGAUUGUCAUAAAUCGACCGAUCAGUGGGAUAUCUAUAUUUAAAACAAAAAAUUAAAUUAAUCUCUUUUAAAAUGUCAAACGAGCUGACUCUGAAGGUCUGCGACCAGAUAAACAAGGAGUUGGGCGAUGAAGUCGAGAACCUGUCGAAAUGCCGGAAAAUGUACGAGGAUGCCCUUGCAAAAAAGAAAAGGCUGGAACAGUUGCUCUCUCUGGUUAGCGAUGAAGUGCCUUCGAAAGUCGCCAAGGCAAAGAAAAUGAUCGACGAUGCUUGCGAUGAUAUCACAAAGGCAAGUGAUGAGGUGACUUCAGUCUUAAAAGACAUCCGGGAAAGAUUGGGAGCGAGCGAGAAGCUCUACUGGCAGCUCAAGGAGAGCUUCGAUAAAAUAAACACUCUCAAUAACACGCGUGCAUACUUACAAAUAUUAGAAUUUGUUCAACAGAUAAGUGAUAGAAUAGAAAGCCAUAUACUGGGAAGAGAUGUUAAUCUGGAACGUGCUAUAGUCGAGUAUAAAAGACUGUGUGAAAUGUGCCUUAAGCUCAAAGGCUCUGCCUGUGAACAUUUAAUAACAUUUUUAAUAGAUACAACCAAAUAUUGGCACAAGGCUCUAAAAUCAGAAAUUUCAGCUGAAUUUGACAUAGCAAUGAAAAAUGUGAUGUGGCCGAUAGUUUCAAGAAAUUUAUUGAAUACGCCCACUCCAGAUAGCAUAACGAAAUUUCAAAAUGGGAUCAAACGGUUGCUUAGAAUUCAACUUCCGCCUGGCUUGGAAGAGAAAUCUGUUGUGACAACAAGCCUCGCGCUUAAUUUUCCUGAACUUUCUAUACCAAUAACUGAACUGAUCAAGCCUCUCAAGAAGAGAUUUUUGUAUCAUUUCACUGGUUCAAGGCAGACCAACCGCCUAGACAAACCUGAAUGGUAUUUCACACAGAUUUUGAGUUGGAUUAGGGAUCAUGAAGAUUUUAUUGAUGUACACGUGCAACCUGUGUUUGACCAUGUGGAUUACCAAAAAUCUGCUUCUGUCGAGUUUAUAUGUGGAUUAGUUCAGUUGUCAGUAGAAAAACUUCAAUGUGACAUCGAGGAGGUACAGUUCGAUGACCUCCUCUUUUCUCAUGUCGUCGAUGAGGCCCUUGGAUACGAGAGGGAAUUGCGUUCUGUCUACAACUACCCUCAAUCAUUUCCCGGCCCAACCCAAGUCUUAACACAAGCACAAAUAUUUGUCAAGUGGAUCAAAAUGGAAAGAAAAUAUGCAAGAGAUAAAAUGGAUGCAAUGAUGGCGUCAGAAACGGCUUGGUCUACUCUCGCCGGACAAGGAGAUGAAGACAAAGUAACAGAAGUGGCUCAUACUUUCCUUGCACUCCUAUCAACAAUGACGGACCGUUACACACUUCUACCACAACCAGGGCAUAGGCUUCAGUUUGUAGAAUUAGAGUUGGAACUUAUAGAUGAUUUGAGAGUUUCUCUUUUACAAGUUCUGCACAGCGAGCGAUCUGAUCCUCUGAACUCAAAGCUUCCAGAAGUAUUGAACACCAUAUUUCAUCUUAAAGUAGCUUUAGAGCAUUUUGAUGCUAGCCCUGCCAUCCUCUUGCUUGAACAUUACAGAAAACAGUAUAAUCCAGUAGAAGACGGUGUACCGAAAAAAGACGAUGAAGAUGAAAGAGGCGGCCUGUUCAAAAACUCUCUACUUUUACUGGAGAGGCUGGUAUCGGGGCUGUUGAAUGAUCUUUGUGACGCAUUGAUGCUCGAGGUCAAAGCAAGAAGCCGGCCAUAUCGAAAAGACAAGUGGUUUGCAAUGACAGAGGAAGAUGUUGAUAUGACAAUGGUUACGCAGUCUGCGUGCUCUAUGUUUCAAGCAUUAGUAGACAAUCUUCACCUCGUACAUAAAAAACUGUCUUUUAAACUUUUCAACUCUUAUUGGAAAUUGGUUGCGAAUAAUUUAAACAUGUUUUUGCUGGAAGAUUUAAUUCUGGAUACACACUUCAGCCCAUAUGGAGGGCAGGCUUUGGAAAAAGACAUUAUUAAUUUUUUAAUACCAAUUUUCCAAACAUACACGGAUGUCCCGGAAACGUAUUUUCUUCAGGUUGAAGAAGCCGCUUGCCUACUAGGGCUUGAAGAGGUAUCAGACUCAUGCAGAAGAUCAAUAUUGACUGGAAAUAUUAACGAUGUCGUUAAAGACUUGGGAAGAUAUGCGAGACAUCUAAAGCCCGAGCAGAUUAUGGCUGUUAUAAGAAGGAGGAUGGAUAUUGCUCCUUCUAUCAUGCUGAGGUGAUUCCUGUUCAAUAGCAGCACCCGGGAACUCAUUUCCAUUCGCUGAUAAUUGAGAUGCCACGCCAUUGCUGCUUGUUU